AUGAGCCAAGGUGUGAUAGACAAAGGGAAAAGACCUAUUCUGGUUGGGAGUGUGUCUGGCUCAACCGGCGACAGGUUGGAUGGAUUGAAGUCGAUGCUGAGAGGCGACAUAAUAAUCGAUGCAAUUAUCGGAGACUGGCUAUCAGAGGUCAACUUGGCUUCGAGAUCACUACAACUUCGAGCAGGGAAGAAAGGUGGCUACGAACCGGGAUUCCUGUACUCUCUACGAGAGGGUCUUGAUGAUUACCUCAACUACCAGAAUCAAAAUGUUCGCAUUGCCGUAAAUGCGGGCGGUCUGAACCCCAAAGGGCUCGCAGAAGAGGUGCAAAAUCUAUUGUGCUCUCGAGGUUCAGAAAAAAGGGUCGCAUAUGUUGUUGGGGACAAUCUACUCUCCCAGCUGGAAAACCUUGAUAUUCAGCCGCUUACCAGAGCAACUGGGAACUUCCAGAAUUGGAAGCGGAAAUACCCCGAAAUCAUCCUUGCCAAUGCUUAUAUCGGAUGUUGGGGAAUAGUGCGCGCACUGGCGGAAGGAGCUGAUAUUGUAAUAUGUGGGAGAUGUACGGAUGCAAGCACGGUCAUGGGAGUAACAGCAUGGUGGCAUGGUUGGAGCCAGGGUGAAUUCGACAAGCUAGCAGGCUCUCUGAUGGCUGGCCAUCUGAUAGAAUGUGGCUGUUAUGUGACCGGGGGCAACUUUGGUGGCUUUCAGAACCUGAACCCCCGAUACUACGAUCUAUCAUACCCAAUUGCUGCCAUCGCAGCGGAUGGGACAAGUGUGAUCCAAAAGCACGCCAAUCAGAAUGGGAUUGUAACGACAGACACUGUUCGAGGUCAGUUCUUAUACGAGAUACAGGGUUCCUUUUACUACAACCCCGAUGUGAUUGCAGAUAUCACACGCAUCAAUUUCGACCAAGUUGGCAAAGACUCGGUGCAGGUUUCAGGGGUCAGAGGACUUCCUGCUCCUGAGACUCUCAAGAUUGCCAUUAUGGCGAUCGGUGGAUAUCAAGCCGAAUUUUCACUAUACGUCACUGGCCUCGACACCAAAGAGAAGGCAGCGAGCUUUGAGUUAAUGUCUCGCAGAAUGGUCGACGAAAGCCAGUUUGAAAUCUUAGAAUUUCAGCUAUAUGGGAGUCCAAAAGGGAACCCGCGUAACCAGCUCGAAUCAACACUACAACUUCGGAUCUUUGCACAAGCUAAGGAUCCAAAGGCAGUCGCUCCUGGUCGUUUUCUUGGUCCUCUUAUGAGUAACCAGCUCUCGGGAUAUCCAGGACUCACCGCAAAUUUCGACUUUCGGACUGCGGAUCCAAAAUUGUUUUGCACAUACUUUCCCGGCUUGGUAAACCAAAAACACGUCCAGCAAGUUGUGCAUUUUGCCACGAUGGAGGACAGCGCUCCAGGUAUUCUUGCUCCAAGGGCUACAGCAUAUACACCAGUCGACCUUCUACCCAUUCAACCCGACUAUCAACCGACUAAUCCAGUGGCAUUGCCUUCCUUCGGGGCAACAGUCAGGGCGCCACUCGGGUUGGCGGUCUACGCCCGGAGUGGCGAUAAAGGUGCGAAUGUGAAUGUUGGCUUCUUCUUUCCCCGGGGUCCUCAUGAAUCAGCCAAGUAUGAAUGGCUUCGAAACUUUCUGACUACGAGCACACUACGAGAGCUACUUGCCGAUGAAGCAACAUCCGAUACAUAUAUCGAAAGAUGCGAAUUUCCGAACAUUCGAGCCGUUCAUUUUGUGAUACAUGGGAUCCUGGGCGCCGGCGUCAGUAGCUCUGUCAAGAUGGACUCGCUGGGAAAGAACGUCGCUGAAUACUUAAGAGCUCGACAUGUAGACAUUCCACAGAAGUUUCUUGAGAAAAAGGCGGUUUUGUAG